UUGCAUUCAUUAUCGAUCAUAAAUAAUAACGCACCUACACCUUAGUGGGCGUGGUCAUUACAAGAGGAGGAGCCUAUCUCGCACGUGAUCGUGAGUGUGUCAUGGCCAUUGAUAUGGCCGAGCAAAGAUUUCUACACAAUUUCUUCGAUUCUGCUAUCAGUUAUCUUGAAGACUUACCAGUAAAAAUUGAAUCUGGUGAGUCUGAUCCUCAAGCUGCUCUAUUACAGUUGGAGCUAUUAAUCCGAGACUUCUCUUUUUUAAUCACUGACAGUUUGCAGGGAGUUAAUGAAGACUCAAUAUGUCACUUCAUGAAUGCUAUUGGAAACUUAGCGUGUCUUAUAGCUGUGUCAGUAGAGAGGGAAGAAAUUAAUCAUUUUUGUGCCAGUCGUCGAGGAAGAGGCAGACCUGCCAUUUAUAUACCGAAAGAUCAACUUCGUUUUUUGAAAGAAAACAACUUCAAGAAUGUUGAAAUUGCAAACAUGUUACUGGUUUCACCAAAGACCAUUUCACGUCGCAUAAGCCUAUUUGGACUGGAAUGUGUUAACGAAUAUAGUCAUAUUACUGAUGAUCAACUUGACACAUUGGCAGAGGAUUUCAUACAUGAUCACCCUUUCAGUGGGCAAAGAAGCUUUGAAGGUUACUUAAGAGCUCGUUCUCUUAGAAUACAACGUGUUCGCAUCAGAGAUUCUUUGUAUAGAGUCGAUCCAUGUGGUGUGCAAGAGAGGCGCAGAAAAGCUCUUCAUCGCCGAGUCUAUUCUGUUAAAAUGCCUAAUAGUUUGUGGCACAUAGAUACAAACCAUAAGUUGAUCAGAUGGAACUUUGUAAUUUUUGGAGGCAUCGAUGGUUUUUCUCGCCUGCCUGUUUUUCUUGAAGUGCACAACAACAACCGCUCAUCCACAAUGCUCAAUUGCUUUUUGAAUGGUGUCAAAGAGUAUGGACUUCCAUCUAGAGUCCGCUGUGAUAAAGGACGGGAGAAUGUGGCAGUAUCACAGUUUAUGUUGAAUGAACGUGGUCCUGAAAGAGGUAGCUGCAUAACUGGACGGAGUGUCCAUAAUCAGCGUGUUGAGAGAUUUUGGAGGGACCUCUUUGCUGGUUGUACAUCUCUCUUUUAUUACAUCUUCUACUACUUAGAAGACAUUGAGGCCCUUAGUCAUACAAAUAUGUACGACCUCUUUUGCUUACACUAUGUCUUUGAACCAAGAAUCGCUCAUCACAUUAAGUUAUUCCGUGAGACGUAUAGUCAUCAUCGUAUGAGAACUGAGGGCAAUAGGAGUCCUUUGCAGUUGUGGAUCAGUGGAAUGGCAACCAUGAAUGAUACUGAUGUUGUCAACACAUUGGAUUAUGAUUGCAGAUAUGGAAUUGACUGGGAUGGCCCUGUAUCAUUGCAAUGUGAUGAUGAUGAUAAUGAGACAUUUGUUCCACAGAUACCUUGCCCUCUUACUGAUGAGCAACUGGUAUUAUUGAAAGAUAUUGAUGUCCUUGAAGAGAGAGAUGACUUUGGAGUUGGUCUGUACCUUCAGAUUAGAGACUAUGUUAACUCUGUUUCAGUGUGAACUACUGACAUAACUAUAAUUGUAUCAUGUUUGAUUGUACUUAAUAACUUCAUCUUUUCAUUAACAACAUAUUAACAACAUAA